GGCAUCUCACCUUGAAACGCCGAGCAAAACUCUGCAAGCUCUCUCUCUCUCUCUCUCUCUCUCUCUCUCUCUCUCUCUCUCAGGUCUUAUCAUCAAAAAUGGGGAGUCUCUCCGGCUAUCGCGAUUCGUGCCCGUCUGUGAAGAACAUUCUUCUUCUAGACUCAGAGGGGAAGCGUAUGGCUGUCAAGUACUACACAGAUGAUUGGCCGACGAAUGGUGCAAAGCUGGCUUUUGAGAAGUCUGUCUUCACUAAGACUCUAAAGACAAAUGCAAGGAUAGAAUCUGAGAUAAUGAUGUUCGACAGCAAUGUUGUUAUAUACAAGUUUAUGCAGGACCUUCACUUCUUUGUGACUGGUGGUGAUGAUGAAAAUGAACUUAUUUUAGCCACUGUACUUCAGGGUUUCUUUGAUGCAGUUGCCCUUCUCUUGAGGAACAAUGUCGACAAAAGGGAGGCAUUAGAGAACCUGGAUCUCAUACUUCUAUGCUUUGAUGAGAUCGUUGAUGGAGGGAUGAUACUUGAAACAGAUCCAACUGUUAUCGCAGGAAAGGUGGCAACUCAUACCAUGGAUGCUGAUGCACCGUUGUCCGAGCAGACUAUAACACAAGCAUGGGCAACAGCAAGGGAACAUCUAACCAGAACCCUUCUCAAGUGAUUUGUGAGCCAACACAGUGAAUUAAUUGGCCCUUCUUUUUUGUGUGAUUGAUGAAAUUAUAUCGAGUUUGACAAGGUCUUGCUCUCUUAGUUCACGUUCUGGAUCUCAUUGAAUCAUCAGCAAAAUCAUAUGCUAUGAGCUUGUUAUGGUUCUUUAUAUCAUAUUCUUUGUUCGAUCCUCUAUUGCGAUUGCUUCUGAUU